CAGCCUCCACGGGAAGAACCGUGGGUUCUAUUCUUUUGAAAUGCGGAACUCGCUGCGGCAGUUUAAACAAAACGUCGUAUAAUUUUACGCGCCAGCUUAACUGAUGUCCUGAACCAGAUUCCAUGCAGAAGUUCUAAUGUGAAACCAAUUCUUAUAUCUGAAUGGACAACUUGUGACAACCAGACAAUAUUUAACGCACCCCUGAUUUAAAUGGCCCACGUCUUUGAGCCAAGAAACAAACAAACAAAUGGUAGAUAGUUCUACUUCACCAAAGCAUAUAUAAACAGGUGCUGUCCAGGCAGCUGUGUGUGAGCUCUGCGCUCCACAGGAAGAACCUGGCUGCAGCAGGCCCAGAGAAGUUCUCAGAGGAGUUCAUCAAGAAGCAGGUGGAGGAGUACAACAUUGGGAAGAGACAUCUAGCCAACAUUAUGGGAGAGGACCCAGAGACCUUCACCCAGCAGGACAUUGACAGAAGCAUUGCAUACCUGUUUCCCUCUGGGCUUUUUGACAAGAGAGCCAGACCACUGAUGAAGCAUCCAGAUGAAAUCUUUCCAAAACAGCAAGCGGUCCAAUGGGGUGCAGACGGACGGCCUUUCCACUUCCUGUUCUACACAGGAAAGCAGUCCUACUACUCUCUGAUGCAUGACACGGUGGCUAAAGUCCUGGCAGCAGAGAAGCAGCAGGUCCUUCUGCUUUCCGAGGGUCCCGUCCCGCAGGACACCAAGCCGAUCUCUCUGGUGGGGAGCCGUUGGUUACUGAAAGAGGAGUUGGAGGAGUUGUUGGUGGAGACCAUUUCAGACCACGAUUAUGCACGGUUCAUCCAGCUGAUGGAGAGGCUCCUGUCGCUGCCGAACUGUUUGUCAGAGAAGGACUUUGUCCAGCGCUACCGCAAACAGCUGGAGAUACAGUCCUCCAAGCAGCAGGUGGCGCCGCUGCAGUACGACGAGAACGGAGUGGCCUACAGCACCGCAGAUGGAAGGAGGAAGACGGCUACAUGUACUGUUCUGCUGAGAGACUGCGGCUCAGGUUCCAUCAGCAUCAAUGGAAGAGACUACCUACACUACUUCCCUGUUCUGCAGGACCGGGAGCAGUUGAUGUUUCCCUUCCACUUCCUGGAUAUGCUGGGGAGGUUUGACGGGCAAUGCACUGUAGGUGGCGGGGGUCGGUCCAGCCAGGCAGGGGCGCUGCGUCUGGCCAUCUCCCGUGCCAUGCUCAGCUUCCUGUCCGAGGGUCAGGUGGAGAGCAUGAGACAAGCUGGGCUGCUGACCCCUGACCCUAGAGUAAAAGAGAGGAAGAAGCCAGGCCAGGAGGGGGCAAGGAGGAAGUUCACCUGGAAGAAACGCUGAAGAGGAGACAGAGAAACUGAUAGAAUUGCCCAGACCUUUUUGAAGACUCUUUUUAGGAUCUGCUAUAAGACUGACAGAUGAAACAGAAAUAACAGCAGCAGCUUUAUCAGUAGCUUUCUAUGAAUAGUAAUUGUCUUUUUGGGACAAACAGUUUAACUAAUCGAGUUUCACAUGUCCUCUAAAGGUGUUGUAGGUUUGGGAAAUAGCUAUCUGGUUGAGAGAUGUAAAUAAACAUACACAUUCAAAGAGGUUUUGUCCAUGUGAGGGCAGAAUUCCUAACUCUAAUACUCGGUAAUGGGUUUCUUCAGCCACAAGAGGGCAUUCUCUGUCAACACACUUCUCUUUUCUGUCAUUAUCUGUAUAUUAAUAAUUAAAUGUUUUUCAUAUAUA